AUGGCACCUUAUGAAGCAUUGUAUGGGAGAAAAUGUAGAAGUCCCUUAUGUUGGAGUGAUAUCAGUGAGUCUUUGACUUUGGGGCCAGAAAUGAUUGAAGAAACAACGAAGCAAGUUAGGCUCAUACAGGCAAACAUGAAGGCAGCUCAGGAUCGACAAAAGUCAUAUGCAGACCAGAGUAGGAGAAUAGUGGAAUUUGAAGUCGGGGAAAAGGCCUUACUUAAGGUUUCACCUACUAAAGGAGUCAUGCGGUUUGGUAGAAAAGGGAAACUAAGUCCUAGAUACAUUGGGCCGUAUGAAUAUGUUCAUGACCCUACCCAUGUUAUCCAACCAGAGACUAUUGAGCUAGAUGAGACCUUAACCUUCGAAGAGCGCCCAGUGAAAAUUCUUGAUACCAAAACGAGAAACACUCGGAAUAAGGCAGUAAAGAUAGUUAAAGUGCUGUGGUCUAAUCAGAAUUCUGAAGAAGCAACUCAGGAAGCCGAGCAUGAUAUGAAAAAGCGCUUACCCAGAACUUUUUGA